AUGGCUGCGACAUUGCCACUCGAGCUGCUCCAAUUGAUUGGAGACAGUCUGCAGAAGGAAGGAGUGCCUCUAUUCCCCUGUACCACUGUUUGCCGCUGGUGGAAGGAGGCUUUUGAGCCUUUCAUUUAUUCUCGGGUUGUGGUUUGUAGUACGCAUGCCAAUGAGAAAGCACCGGUGUCCGGAAUACCUAUUGAUGUUUUUGAGGACAUCACUUCACACGCUGGAGCCGCCCGUCGCAUGAUGAUUCGGGCAAUUGAGUAUCGGAUUUACGCCGAGAUAAUCUACGACAUUGUAAAGCAUAGCCCGUACAUCACGGAGUUGCGUAUGAAUCUGGGUUAUCUGCAAAGGCCGGAGGAACUGGAGUAUUUGCGUGCCAGACGCUUAGGGAACUGGCUCACUCUUCCAACCGAAGAAGCCGAAGCUCGGAUCGCUACUGUACAGCAAUGGGAACAAGGCCAUGAUCAUUCAGACGAUAGUCAUCUAUCGCAGCCUGUCAUUGAAAUCGAGAAUUUUCAACGAUUUUUCAUCUCUAUGGGCCUAGCAGUCCAACAUAUGCCCCGCCUAUCAUCCGACUACUUCCACCCUGGUGCGGAGACCGAGUUGACUUUUGGAUUUCAAGUCAUCACCGGCAGAGUCGCCAGUGCAUGGGGUUUCAGCGAGGAGGACCUGAGACAUGCAGCGCUCGGGGAGAUGGUAUAUUCCGUACGGUUUAUGACCCACAUGGUGUAA